UUUCCCCUGGGCCCUCAGUUGAAGUUUGCAGCAGCUCGCUCGGGUGGGUCACGUGUCUCCUCAAUGCCGUGGCCGCGCCGAGCGCCUCCUCAAUGCAGUCUGCGAUGGUGACGCUUUGAGAGGCGAGAGCGGGAGCGCACAAGGACUCUGCACUAGAGGCAAGUUAUGGCCCGUUCAUCCUUGGACUAUAACGCGCCUUUCGCUGCUCUUUCUCCGUGCCACAAGUCCUCACCGCGCAUCUUCCCGUUUGAUUGCUGACGGCUGAAGACUAUUCAGGACGUGCGGCUCAAACGCACAAGUUUGUUUGGGUUUUUUUAAAUUUUCUUUUUUUUUUUACAGUUAAAACUAAAGGAUAAAUUUGACUGAUGCAACAGGCCUGUCAAGUGCGGAUAUCAGCUCAGUGAUACACGGUGUGAAGACCAACAUUUUGUUGCAUAAUUUUGGGAGAAUGAGAAGUUGGUCUUGAUCUCUACUUCUUUCAGGCUCAAUCCACAAACAGUAACCUGGAGACAACGAUGAACCUUUUCAGGAAAGACGCCAUGAGCUCCAAGAAGGAGAAAGUGGUCCAGUAUGAUGACCCUCCGGAUGGUGGCUGGGGAUGGCUGGUUGUGCUGCACUGUUUCCUGGUGAAUGUCCUUGUUAUGGGCACACUGAAGAGCUUUGGCAUUUUCUUUGUGGCUUUCCAAGAUGAGUUUGGGGGCUCAGCAGAGAGCAUCAGUUGGAUUGGUUCCAUCAUGUCCAGCCUUCGACUCUCUGGAGCACCCAUUGCAUCAGUGGCCUGUGCCAAAGUGGGCACCAGAGUGACCUCCAUCACUGGAGCGCUGCUGGUCAGUGGGGGUUUCCUUUUGAGUAUCUUUGCCAACAGCGUUGUGUACCUCUACUUGAGCAUGGGAGUUGUAGUUGGAAUGGGCUUUGCACUUCUGUACCAGUCCUUCUCAGUCGUCACGGCGAUGUACUUUAAGAAACGUUUGGCGACUGCAUACGCUAUAGGCCGAUCUGGGAUGGGACUGACAUUUGCUCUGGCUCCUUUCACACAGCUGCUUUUGGACCAGUAUGCUUGGCAAGGGGCACUGCUGAUUCUCGGUGGUCUAAUGCUGAACCUGGUGGCCACUGGGAUGUUACUGAGACCCAUAAAAGUGAAGUCAGCAGCCCCCAACACCUCAGUCCAAAAGAGCCCAGCCCUAUCCCUUCGGAGCGCCUCACAGAAGGACUGCUCUAAAACCUGUGUGAACGGAUCUUUGUCCAAUGGGGUGUCCUCAAAUGGGGUGUCCUCAAAUGGGAUCUCCCCAAACGGGAUCUCUGCCAACGGAAACACCAAGUGCCCCCCACCUUCCCCCUGCCCCACCAUAGACUAUUAUCAGAAACAAGGCUCUCAUGACCCGGCAAACCCUGAGAUGAACCCACUGGUCCUAAAUGGAUUGAAUGGACUUGAGCCCCACCAGGAAAAGUGCUCUCCUCCGGACACCUCUGAACUCAACAACAGCCUGAACGGAUCCACAAUAGUGGGAUUGCCUUCCCAUGCCAGUACACCCACAGAGGUGACCAUCAAAGAGACCAAAGUACUGGAUUGGUCACUGCUUAAAGACCCUUUCUUUUGCAUCUACACCUGGUCCUUAGUCUUCAGUCAGCUGGCCUAUUUCAUACCAUAUUUCCACUUAUCGGCUCGCGCCAGGAACUUGGGCAUCGACGCCAUGGACGCUUCCUUCAUCAUCUCUGUUGCAGGUAUUACAGAGACAAUUGCUCAGCUGGCCUCGGGCUGGGUCACUGAUAGAAACCUUUUCCACAAGUACCAUUACCACAAAGCCUACCUGAUCCUGUGUGGGCUCGUCAACCUGCUGUCACCCCUAGCAACCUCCUACAUCCUGCUCAUGGUGUAUGCCAUCUUCUUUGCCAUCUUCUGUGGGGGAUACAUGGCACUGCUGCUGCCCGUCCUGGUGGACCUGGUGGGAGCGGACAAACUCAAUAACUCCAUGGGUUUCUCUAUGUUCUUUGUGGGACUGGGCUGCCUCACAGGGCCUCCUUUAGCUGGCUUCCUGUAUGAUUACACACAGACCUACGACUGCUCCUUCUACCUGGCCGGGCUGUGCUACUUGCUCUCUUCUCUGUCCCUCUUCAUGGAGCCCCUCGCCCAGCGCUGGAAGGCCCGCAAGAGACGAGUCCAGUCUCCCAAAGCUGAGAGCAGCAGCUGCAGGACCAACGGCUGCUUCACCCCCGACCGGGCACACAAUGGGGCCGUGUAGACCUCCGAAAACCAGGGAAUGCCUUUUAUAUGAAACCAGCUCAGACUCUAUUUGGACUGGAGACUUGAGACUUGAAUGUGGCCCCGGUGUAGGGUCAGAACUGGAGAACAUCCUUCAGUCAUACACAGUCUUAACAGAAACAAGAAGCUGGCUGCAUGAUUGUUAUGAAUACAUGUAUGGGGCAAUAAGUAUCCUGAUUGAACUCUUGAAGCCAAACCUUUUGCGAGAAUCUCUUUGGAAAACACGUAUUUAGAUCAUUAUAAAUAUAUUAUAGAUCUAUCUUCAAAGGCACAUGCUGCAAAAGUACAUUUUACAUCAGCACAAUGUAACUAAGCUGCAAGUUUAUAUACAGUAAUAGUAAUAACGCACAUAGUAUUGCUGAUAACUAGUAGCUAUGCAUACAUAUAACCUAAGAUAGCACAUGUUUUUAACCUCUUCACUAAGAAAGCCUGUGCUUAUAAAUAUGCACUUUGAGCCAACUUUUAUAAUGCUGCAUGCUCCCUCACUCUGCUAGUAGUGAAGACAAUGAAAGUGGUAAUCAGCAAAAAGCCAAAAAGUUGCCUCACAUUUGAAACAUAUGAACAAGCAUUUUCUAAACUUCAGCUGGAAACCUCAAUGUUGAUAGUGGUUUGAGAAGAUUAACUUGUUAGUUGCUACACACAACUGUUUUGGCAUUUUUGCCCAUGGCGUUUUUAUGAGGCUUGUUUUAGCCAAUGGCCAACAACCAUUUUUUUCUUUCUUUACAAUGUUUGCUUUGGUGAAUCUGACCAAGUUUUAUUGAGUAGCUGAAUUAUGUGAACGAUAUUCUUUACGGUGCUCUGACUGGACUUUGUGGUGAAUCGUUGCACAGCCUCCUCAGUGCCUGCAGGCAGCCAACUAUUGGCUAUGCAACUCAUGUUGUUGUGUAAUACUUAAGACUCUUAUUGUUUGUCAAAUCAAUAUUAUGUUUGUUUGUCACCACUAUUUGCCUUAAGAUACUGGAGUGUAUCUUUUUGUAUACUGUGAUGCCAGCCAAAGACACAUUAUGUUCACCUUAAUCGAUUUGAUCAAAUAGUGAUUUUAAGGUGUCAAAUUUGUGACACAAAGCCAUUCGCCAUGACCUGGAGGAUUUAGACAAGUCUAGCAUAAGGUGAAGCACUUUGCUGCAGCGCCCUCUUGUGGCCUUAAAAGGUUUGUUCACAAAGAAUUCUGUUCCAAUUAGCAUCAAAUUAGUUCCCUUCAGCUCACUUUCACAAUACUGAGCAGGGUUCUUUGUUUUGUGUCAAUGAGAGCCAUGGACAAAAGCCCAUUGGGUCAGGAGUUCAUCUGUUUAUUCAAUACACUGAAUAUUUUAUACCAGAGCACAUCUAUGAAACUUAUGAGGCUUUGAAGUAGUCUUGGUUUGGGGUUUUCCUUAGAUAUUUGGUUAAAGAAAUACUUCAAUGGAAAAUGGGCUCUUGUUUAUAAUGGAUCACUCAAAUAUUUCUGCUGCUAAAGUUGCAUUUGGUUUGAGCAAUAUUUUUGUUACCACUUUGAAUAUGUUCAAGUUCAGAGAUUAAGCACUCCUGGUCCCUUAGAGUUCAAAUAUUUAUCAAAAUG